AUGAUCCAAACUGAGCUUUCAGAGUUUCUCUCUGAUGCGCCCGCCCCUUUUCGCUCAGAGGCUGAAAAAGAUAAAAUAGCUGGCCAAGUUAUCCAAUACUCCAGCGAGAAUUACUUGAUGAGUAUUCCAACUCGUGAUGAUUUAGUUCUUAGAAAUGAUGAGGGGUCGACUUCAACUCUCAAUGAUGAAAUAGCAAAUCAUCGAGAUUUUCUAUUCAUGCCAGCCGUUGUAGAAGAAGCUAAAGAAUAUAUUAAUCAAAUUUCCCAUUAUAUACUUCGCCUCUAUGGAUAUCUUAUUAAUGGCCAGAAAACAGUUGUCACUAUUACUGGCAUCAAGGUAUUUUUCGAUAUUUGUAUUUCUGACAAUACGAGCAUUCCUAAAUUCUGGUCCAAAAUAAAGGACAUACUUAUCACUGGGAAAGACAAAAAUGGAAGUACCGUAAAUAUGAGUCUAUUCCGAAAGAAAUGUAUAAAGGCGUACCAUAUCCAUGGUUAUCAUGCAGAAAAAAAGCUGUAUCUCCGUAUUGUUACAUCUAAUAAAGACCAAAGGUUUACUACUCUCAAUAUCAUCUCAAGCUACAAUUCAAAGGUUGAUUCUGAAUAUGAAAUAGAGACAGCUUCAGAUGAUACAGGCACAUAUUAUCGUAAAGUUGUGAGAGAAUAUAGGAUACCACUUUCUGAGUGGGGUCUAUAA